AAUCUGUUUUGCUUUCUAAAAGAUAUCGUUACUUUUUCCUUGAUCGGUAAUUUUUAAUAGCGAGUAUUCCGCAAAAAUAUGUGCUUUACCGAGUACUCGUCAAUAUGUGUAACGAGGUCUCGGGUUGCGACUGAAGCGACGCCAUUUUAAAACAAUCAAAUCAAACUCAUUCUGUGGUGAAGUUGCUGCAGGUUUUCGAUUGUGUCGCGUGUUUCUAUCUCGAAGAAUAAUUGAAAUACAGCAGUUAUAAGUAAAAUGGAGGUAAUUUUGGAAAGCCUGAUGAAGGUGGACAACAGCGUCGCCGAUCUAUUCCUAAAUGAAGGCAUUGACGACGUGGAGACCUUUCUGGAUCUUGAUGAACAGGACUUCACACGACUACGACUUAAAACAAAGCUUAUUAAGACUAUCCAAAAAAUACAAAAAGACUAUAUGAACAAUCCAAUAAUUGAAGAACUGGAGGAAGGCGAUCCACUUUCCAUUUCGGAUAAUGGUAACGGCGAGGGUAACGGAGGACCAUCAGAAAACCCAUACCGCGGGAUUUUACUGGAACAGGCUAUCGACAUAAACAUCAUCUUCAGCAAAACACCUUCGGGAAAUGAGAUCAUGGAAGUUUUGAAUGAAGAAAUAAACCCGAAUGACAAACUGUUGAAUCAAAUAAAUCGAUUACUCUGCGAAUUUCUGAAGUUAAAUUAUGGAUUGCAUCCUUCGACCUUCCACAAGAAUUUGUUAGCUGUUUCGCUUGUUAAUACAUACCCAGUACUAGGAUCGACGAACCGUGAUGUUCCCCAGGCUUUGUGGUUUUACCCACAUGGCCGAGGAAAAUAUCGACACGCGGGACGUAUUCACUAUCAUAUGGAGUAUAUGUCCAGGAAAUCCGACAAACGAAUGGUUAACAGGCCAAGGUCGAUCGAGCAGCUUGCGCAAUUACCGGUAGAAGUGACAGAUUCCGAUGACAACAUAGAGGAGUUGAUUCUCGAGUUAAAAUUCAUCAGCCCAAAUUCGAAUACCAAGUCUCGUGCAGAAGAAUUGUGGAUGAUAACGUUUUCAGAUCGUGAAAAAUACCGUAAAAACAAAGAUUUCCAGGAAUACUUGAAGCUGUACCAGGUAGCAUCUGCCUUCGAUGGAAUCAUGAUAUCAAUGGAUUUCGUUAAAAUGUAUCCUGAUGCGCACAAUUUCUGCGAACAGUUUUUAAAUUUGCAAGAAAAAGUUCUUGCAAAAUAUGGCGAUUUGUUUCUUCACAUUCAAAGUGAUUUUUUACGAACUUUAGCUAUCAUUAGGGCUAAGAAUCCGUCUCGUGGGGUCAAGCGCUCAAAAAAUGAUUCUUGGACCAAGAAAACUCCUCUCGAUGGAAUUGUUGAAAUUCUCAAGAUGGACGAUCCUGUUGGGUACAACAAUAUGCCACCUGAAGGGAUUAAUGCUGGAACAUUCGUCUGGAAGGAGUGCACUAUCAAGAUAGCAGCCAAUAUUCUUGAUUGUUUCCGAAUCCUUUGCGAAGCAAUUAAUGUAUUCAACUGCGACAUUAGUCCCGAGAACAAGCAGUUCUAUGCGUUCAUAUUCGCAGUAGUGAUGAACAUCACACCACUGACCACCACCGGGGAAAAAUUUUAUCGUUCAAUCAAAUAA